AUGACGACUCUUUUUGUUUUAUCACUUCUAAUUCAUCUGGAUUUGCUCCUGCAGACGGGACGCUGCACUGAAACGCAAGAUCAGAUUCUCUCCAUCACCCCGAAAACACAAGAACAGGUGUACAUCGUGAGGAACAUAUCCACCCAGUUUGAGACAGGGUUGUGGCAGCCCGUUUCACCCCACUACAUCCAGGAGGACAGCCAAGUCCACCUGUUUGUGCCUGCGAACAGCUCCGGAACGGUGAAAACUCUGCUGCAGAGGAGCGGCGUCACGCACGAGAUUUUACUGGAAAACGCCAACGAGCUGAUCGAGAUGCAGACGAGGAACGACAGCACCGACCCGCGGAGCAGCGCCACGUUCUACGAGCGGUAUCACACUCUGGAGGACAUCUACUCCUGGAUAAACCGGACGGCGAACGACAACCCGAACACCGUCAAAGUCAUUCUGAUUGGCUCUUCGUACGAGAAGCGACCCCUCUAUGCCCUGAAGUUGUCCAUGAAUAAUAUUCCGGGGAAGAAAGCCAUGUGGCUGGACUGCGGGAUCCACGCCAGAGAGUGGAUCUCUCCGGCGUUCUGCUUAUGGUUUGUGCACUACUCUUUAUCAUUUUACCGGAUAAAUGCAGACAUCACUCACAUCCUGGACAGCAUGGACGUCUACGUCCUGCCUGUCCUCAACCCUGAUGGAUACCGGUACACCUGGACGACAAACAGGAUGUGGAGGAAGAACCGCUCCGUCAGUCCGGCCAGCAGCUGCAUCGGAGUCGACCUCAACAGGAACUUUGACGCCAACUGGUGCACUGAGGGGGCUUCGCCUGACCCCUGCACCGAGAUCUACUGCGGCGCCUUCCCCGAGUCGGAGCCGGAGGCGCAGGCCGUGGCGGACUUCCUGCGCAGCCACAAGGACUCGGUGCAGCUCUACCUCACCAUCCACUCCUACUCCCAGUUGCUGCUCUUCCCUUUUUCCUACAAGCUGGAGGAAACGGAAAAUCACAGAGACCUGCUUGAGAUGACCCAAGAAGCCGCCCAGAAAAUCAGAAGGUAUUACAGGAACGUCUACAGAUACGGCGCCGGAGCAAAGACGAUCUAUCUGGCCCCCGGGGGGUCUGACGACUGGGCCUACAACCUCGGCAUCAAGUACUCCUUCACGUUUGAGCUGCAGGAUCGAGGGCGGUACGGGUUCCUGCUGCCUCCGUCUCACAUAUCCGGCGCCUGCAACGAAGCUCUGCUGGCCACAAAGAUCAUCGCCUUGAAGGUUUUAGAGAAAACUCAGGCUCCAGCAAAGUCCUUUCAGACUGUUUAGGGCUUCACCAGAUGU